GGACGAGUUGCCACCGGGCUGGUGUGUUCACUGUUAGACUCGGCCUACGCGCUUUCUAUACUUUCUUACUUCUAUUCACCAAAACGGCGUCCGCUGGUGGGAUCGUCUCGCGACGUCCGGAGACUGCUGCCAGGUCUUCGGCGAUGGAUAAUCCUCCAAACGCCAAUAUACAUACAAUUGUAAAGGCUCAAAUCGUCUUCCUUCUUUCAACCCUUACAGAAGACAAUUUUGAUCGCAAUCAGCUUGAAAUCCGUUCGCUUUCUGAGCAGCACGGGCUUGACACAUACCUCCAUUUUAUUCGUCGUUUGAUUGUUCAUUCCCAAGGCAGACUAGCAUCUUCAGCGCCUCCAUCGGCUUUUGAUACUUCCACUGCAUUGACUUUUCGACUCCUCGUCCAAGAAACUCAACGACUCGCUCGUGACCCUUUUCUCGCUGACCGUUUUCGUGAGGGCAUAGACAAGGGCGAAGGGGACGCAUUCAGGCACUUUGAUCUCCUCCGAUUCGUUGAUCGGGUGGCUUUACGUCCUUUGGAGAGACUUGUCCUGACCUCCGCUAUCGUCUCUUCGCCCACGAGGAAGGAACUUGCCGCCCAAGCAAUGUCCCUUAUACGACACGACUUUGAAAUAGCAGUACUUGCACUUUGCCAGCACCCCUCAUUCGACCACGCCGAUCUUUCACCUCAGCAAGUUGCGAAACUCAUGUCAAAUCUUCUUUCCGAGUCCGCCUCCGAGACCCCAAUCCUGGAUCCCACGCAGCGUCAAGCGCUCAUUGCUGCUGCGCAGGCAAAGUAUGGGCCUGAAAUUGUCGCUCCUAUCCUGCAGCGCAUUUUCCCAACGUUAAGCUUGCCUCCUGGGACUUCCCUGGUUCAGACACUGAUUCAGUUGGGUCCUGAUAUUACCAGUGAUCCAGAUACUGUUUGCGCUCUGCUCCAACGCUUUGGGAUUUCGGAAGCUAAUCCUCCUCGAGACCCUCAAUUGGUGGAGAUUAUGUCCAAUUUGGCUCGAUUGGCCGCGGAGGGUACAACUUUAUGUGAUGUCGGAGCUUUGGUGAGGGCAUUGAGCAGCUUUCACACUACCUUGAAUUGGGCGAAUGUCAUUAAGGCAUUCGAUCUACCUGACCGUCAUGGGGUGGAUACUGCUACCUUAAAGCUUCUGAUCGCCAUUCUGCUCAACUGCCCACGUGACGCUGAUCCUCAUGCUGUGAUUGGUUUCUGGGGGACAUGGUCCAACUCAUUAUAUCAACUAAAACUUCUUGAUGCGUUGCUCUCACUACCUGCGGAUACUUUCAAUUUUGUAUCUUUGCCAGGCAGGAGGAUCGUCACAGUGGAUGACGUCGCAGUUGCGAGCCCCACAAUCAAGUCCCUUGCAGCUAAUGUACAGAGUCACACUUGGAAUUCGUUGGAUGUCUUCGAGGUUCUCGUACGACUCGCGGACUCGGACAGCGCCGAAAUUCGCUCAUGUGUUAGGGAUAUGCUCGACAAAGCACUAAAGAUAAGCGCCGAACUGGUACAAAUGGGUCUACUGCAAGUGCCAGAUGCGAACUGGAACGAAAUCCGCGUGGAAUACUCUCGGAAACUCCUGGCCAUGUUCCUUGCCGGACAUCCUAACCACCAGCUGGUCUUCAUGCGUCUGUGGCAGAUCGAACCGACCUAUCUGACUGAUGCAUUCCGCGACUUCUAUGAGGAAAAUCCUCUCAAUAUCUCGAGGAUCCUGGACGUAGCUCAGGACCUCAAGGUAAGCCAAAGUGAGCCUCAAGGCGCUCAUGAUGACUAUAAAUGGGAUCAGAUUCUGGAGAGCUUGCUCGAUGUUCGGCCCUUUACAUUUGCCCUGGAUGUUGCUUCGCUGGCAUCGCGCCGAGAGUACCUGAACCUCGACAAGUGGUUGGCCGAUAACGUUAACCAACAUGGAGCAGAGUUCCUACGCGCUAUGGUUGCAUUUUUGGAAGUCAAAAUGGAGAGCGAGAAGGUGGCAAGAAUGUCGGACCCCGCCGUCGACAGUCGUACGCUGUCCCUAAAUCCCAACACCAUCGCCAUAUUCCUACGCAUUCUUCGUAACAAUUCUGCCAAAAUGCCCCGGGACGACAUUGAUUAUUGUCUUGAAGUUCGCAACUCCUGUUUGCAGGUUCACCCUCGUCUCAUGAGCCUCAUCCCCGGUAGCGAUAUCGAUCCUGGAUUGACUGUCGUCAAUUACUCAGCGGAGAUUGAGGGUGAGGUUGACGCUAUUUAUAAGCACAUGUACGACGAACAGACCUCUAUCGACGAAGUCAUCGCCCUUCUCCAACGCAGCAAAGUCUCGUCCGAUACUCGUGACCACGAGAUUUUUUCCUGCAUGCUCCACUUCCUCUUUGAUGAAUACAAAUUCUUCCAAUCCUACUACCCCGCUCGCGAGCUUGCCAUGACUGGAUAUCUAUUUGGCUCUAUCAUCCAUCACGAUCUUGUAGAUUCAGUUCCUCUCGGAAUUGCCAUCCGUUACGUUGUCGACGCCCUCAAUUGUCCUCCCGAUACCAAUCUUUUCAAGUUUGGUCUUCAAGCCCUCUCCCGUUUUGAAACUCGCCUUGCUGAGUGGCAGCCUCUAUGUCAGGCUCUUCUCAGAAUUCCCCAUCUUAUGGAGGUUCGCCCCGAUCUGACGGCCGUCAUUCACCGUGCUAUUGCUGUUGGCGGUGACGGAUCCCGCAGUAAUGCUGAUAUGCGCGGUAUCUCUGCUGGUCUUACGGCUGACCCUGCGCCUGUAUUCACUUCUAUCCGCCCUGACAAGUUUGAUAUGGAGAUCGUUGAGCCACCGGAGGAGCUCUCCGACAAGAUUCUGUUUAUCGUGAACAAUCUCGCGCCCAGUAACUUUGACGCCAAACUAUUGGAGAUGAAAGAGCAGUUUGACGAUACCUUUUCGAGGUGGUUCGCCAAUUAUCUGGUAGACCAACGUAUCAGCAGCGAGCCUAACAACCACCAGUUAUAUCUGCGUUUCCUCGAUGCGCUUGACAAACGGGUUUUGUCGAAAUAUAUUUUGCAGGAGACAUUUGCUAAAGCAGCAACGGUGUUGAACAGCGAGAAGACGAUGCAGAUCACCUCCGAGCGUUUGGUCCUAAAGAACAUCGCGUCGUGGCUUGGGACCAUCACGCUUGCUCGUGACAAGCCAAUUCGUCACAAGAAUCUUGCCUUCAAGGACCUCCUUUUGGAGGGCUUUGACCAUGGACGCCUGAUUGUCGCCAUUCCCUUCGUUUGCAAAACCCUCGAGCCUUGCUCCAAAUCCAAGGUCUUCAAACCACCCAACCCUUGGCUAAUGGCAGUCAUAACUCUACUGGCCGAGUUCUAUCACUACGGUGAAAUCAAGUUGAACAUGAAGUUUGAGAUCGAGAUGCUGUGCAAGGCCCUCGAUAUCGACCUCGCCACCAUCGAGAUUAUGAACGUUGUGCGCCACAGGGCCACUGCUGGCGAUACAGGACCUGCCAUCCCCGAAUAUGUCACCGAUAUAGACUCGAUGCCGAUGAACGGGUUUGAUUCUACUCGUAUGCAGGGUGAAACCCAGGUUAUGCCAAUUGGGCCUACACCUACAGCUGAGCCUCAACGUGCCGUAGGGGCCCAUAUUGAGUCAAUUCUCUCGAGCCUGGGCACGAGUGUUGUGGUCAGCACGCAACUUGCACCCUACAAUGGUAACCACUCCUUCAAGCGUGCAGUGCAGGUUGCUGUCGACCAUGCUGUCCGGGAGAUCAUUAUCCCAGUUGUUGAGAGAUCUGUGACGAUCGCUGGCAUCUCCACUCGCGAGCUUGUUGCCAAGGACUUCGCAACGGAGGCUAAUGAGGAGAAGUUGCGUAAGGCUGGGCACCUGAUGGCGCAGAAGCUUGCCGGGAGUCUCGCAUUGGUCACCUGUAAGGAACCUUUGAAAAGCAAUCUCGGAGGUCACUUGCGUUCUUCUCUGGUGGAUCAUGGAUUCAAUGAUCAAACGAUAUCCGAGCAAGUCCUGACCAUCCUCGUGCAAGAUAAUGUAGACGUUGCCUGUGCAGCAAUUGAAAAGGCUGCCAUGGAGCGAGCAGUGACAGAUGUGGAUGAUGGUUUUGCUCCUUCAUACGAGGCUCGUCGUCGUUACCGCGAGCAUCGGAGUGGGCAGGCAUUUUGGGAUCCUGCAGCUCCGCCCUCAAACUUCUCCGCUAGUCUUCCGGAUCCUCUGCGUAUCAAGCCGACAGGACUGCAACCGCAUCAAGCGGCGGUCUAUGAGGAUUUCGCCCUGGACUCGAAGCGUGUUGCACCAAUGAGUAGGCCGAGUUCAACGGUGUCGUAUGCUCGCAAUGAACAUCUGAAUCCAGCCCUCUAUGCCGCUUCUCCUGCCCCAGACCCAGCCAUCGCAUCCCAUACGAUAUCCCACCAGGAAGCAAUGGAACGCUUUACUACGAUCCUGAGGGACCUAGAAAGCCUGAUCAUCCAGUUGCCCAUCCAAUCACUGGCCGCCCUUCCUCCUAAUCAUGAUCUUCGUCAUCUUGUUCGGCAGAUCCUAUUUGUCGCAGCAAGUUCCAUCGAUCAUAACCGCACUCCUCUCCACAUGUCUCAGAAGAUUGUCCAGCUCUUGUACAAGACGAGCUCUCAGCUUGGCAGAGAGAUUUAUGUUGCCUUGUUGGACCAGUUAUGCCGCACGUUUGAAGACGUCGCUAAAGAGGCUAUAACGUGGCUACUUUAUGCGGAGGAUGAGCGCAAACUUAACAUCCCUGUUACUGCGACUUUGCUACGCAGCGGUCUUGUCAGCACUUCGCUUCAGGAUCAACAACUAGCGAAGAAUUUGUUUACUGAUCCUCGCCCCAGUUUGCAAAACUUCGCAGCCGGUCUCAUUCGCGAAUGUCUAUCAAGCGACCCCCCGAUUGCUUCUCAGAGUCAGUUGACAUACUCUAUUGAAGUUCUUGGACAGUUGGCACAAGCUGGCGAUGCUAAUGAAGAGGUGAAUCGUCUCCUGGAUGACCUUCGAGUCGUUCGCAGACCCACGACGGAGGGCAUGGUAGUCCGCCAGCCUUCGGUCAAGCCAGAAACCGAGCAGCUCAGGGAAAAGUUGUUUAGCUGGUUCCAACAAUGGGUUUCCAUCUUCCAGAGGUCUCACUCUCCUGAGAAGGCUUUCGUCCCCUUCAUCUCCCAGCUCACAAAGCAGGGAAUUUUGAAGGUCGAAGAUAUUUCUUCAUUCUUCUUCCGUGUGUGUGCGGAGGCAAGUGUGAACAGCUACAUCAAAUGCAUGGCAAACGGAGAGUUCGAAUACGCUUUCCAAGUUCUUGACGCGAUGUCGCGAUUGAUUGUCUAUAUCAUCAAGUAUCAUGGUGACGCUUCUGGAAUAGACAACGACCAGGCGAAGGUUCACUACCUCACCAAGAUUUUGUCGAUAUUCGUUCUUGUUCUGGCGAACAUGCACGAAGAACAAGGCGUUCUCUUUCAACAGAAGCCGUUCUUCAGAUUCUUCUCCAGUCUCAUUAGCGACCUACACUCCAUCGCAGAACAUCUGGGCUCAGCUUAUUUCUCUCUGCUGAUCGCCAUCAGUGACACUUUCAGUUCUCUGCAACCCACUUACUUUCCUGGGUUCGCAUUCUCUUGGCUCUGUCUUGUUUCACAUCGACUCUUCAUGCCAAAACUGCUGCUAUCCGAAAAUCGGGAGGGCUGGUCUGCGUUCCACAAGCUCCUUCUUUCCCUCUUCAAAUUUUUGGCUCCGUUCUUGAAAGAGGCUGAUCUCCAACUCGCAUCUCGUGAUCUGUAUCGCGGCUCCCUCCGACUCCUCCUCGUCCUUCUUCAUGAUUUCCCAGAAUUCCUUAGCGAAUAUUACUUCAGUCUCUGCGAUGCCAUCCCUCCGCGUUGCAUCCAGCUUCGCAAUAUCAUCCUUAGCGCGUUCCCUAUGUCUAUCAUCCUUCCUGACCCCCAUCUACGCAACAUCAAAUUUGACUCGAUUCCCGAAAUGGGACCGAUACCACCCAUUCUAUCAGACUUUGCUUCAGGUCUUAAAAGCGCUGACCUCCGCAACAACCUCGAUCAAUACCUCCUUAAUCGUGGAACCCCUUCAUUCCUUACAACACUCAAAGAUCGCUUGAGGCUGCCCGGCGUGCCAGAGAGUUCAACCGAAUCGUAUAACCUGUCAUUGAUAAACUCCCUUGUCAUGUACAUUGGAGUAUCGUCAGUUGCUCAGGCCAAGGCGAGGAGUGGCUCUUCUGUAUUUGUCGCAAGCGACCCUGGCGUUGUUGCUUUACAGUAUCUUGCUGCUAAUUUAGAUGUUGAAGGCGAAUUGACGCGUUAUUUAGGACAACACCACCUCUUGAGCUCUAUGGUUCUCCAUCUGCGAUAUCCCAAUGCCCAUACCCAUUGGUUCAGCUCUUUGCUUCUCCACCUCUUUGUGGAAGUGAAAGAUGAUCGCUUCCGUGAAGUGAUGACUCGCGUCCUCCUGGAACGCUUCAUUGUUCAUCGUCCCCACCCCUGGGGUGCUUUGGUCACCUUCAUUGAGUUGCUCCGCAAUUUGAAGUACGAGUUCUGGAACAAGGAGUUCAUUCGCGUCGCACCCGAAGUUACCAUGCUGCUUGAGAGCGUAAGACAUCCUGCUGUUUAG